CCCCUGAUGGGUGGCGUGGUGGCGCUGUUGUGCAGGUCCGGGGUACUGACUAGAAGCACAAGCUGAAGGGAAGCAGUUUGCUGGGAUCGGCGAACACAAGCACGGCAAACAGUGAUUGAUGUGAUGUACUCAAUAGCAUGUCAUGUACUCAACAGCAUAUGCUAGCAAACAAUGCUCAAACCAGCAGUUCAUCACACACAAAUCAGCCCGCGACGCAGCAUCUGACCUGCCCGAUCCAGGGACUUGACAGUGCUGUAAGAACUGUAAGAAUCUCCCCAGUCCAGCCCAGUCCAGGCCAGCCCGGUCCAAGCCCCUGGCCUGGCCAUAGCGCAAGACAGCGACUCCAGUCCGACCUCUUAUAACGGCAAUCCUCCGCCGCAUUGCAUUCCAGCCCGCUUCCUUUCUGCCCACGGCAAACAAAACAGAAAAAAGACUCUCGCUUGUUGCGUGUGUUUUUUUGUUUCGUGUAUUUGUUUGUCGCCUCCACGGGUGCGUCACUCGUUCAUCGCAUCUCGUCCGUCGUGGAACUCGCUUCCUUUCAAUCCAAUCGUUUUUUGUGCGAGGAGAGAAAAAAAAGAGCUACGCGCUCGCAGAUUAAUUGCACCCAAUCCAUCCUCCUUCCAAUCGCUCCUCGGUGUUACACACGCAAUAUAACAGAAUCAUCCGAUAUCGCUCGCUCUCGGACAGCAAGAAGACGACGUUUAAUCGAAUCGAAUCGAAUCCAAUCAAAUCCGGCUCGAAACAAUGCUGCGGUCUGCUGCGCUGGCUGCGCUGCUGGGCGCUGGGGCUGUCUUGGGUAGCACCAGCACGACGUGCUCGCUCACCAACAAGUGCCCCAAGGAGAGUCCCUGCUGCUCGCAAUAUGGCGAAUGCGGCGUUGGCGCCUACUGCCUCGGCGGCUGCGACCCCCGAAUGUCCUUCUCCAUCGACUCGUGCACGCCCGAGCCCGUGUGCAAGUCCAAGACGCUGACGUUCGACUCCAAGCUGUCCAGCAUCGCCGACAUCAGCAACUACCUCGGCGACCCGUCCACCGCCGACUGGGUGGCCCAGGGCGAGCCCGCCUACUUUGACGGCAACGUGCUGCUGACCAUGCCCAAGAACAGCGUCGGCACCGUCAUGGCCACCACCGAGUACAUGUGGUACGGAAACGUCAAGGCGCGCUUCAAGACGAGCCGCGGCAAGGGCGUCGUCACGGCCUUUAUCCUGCUCUCCGACGUCAAGGACGAGAUUGACUACGAGUUUGUGGGCGUCGACCUGGGCACCGCGCAGACCAACUGGUACUUUCAGGGCAUUCCCGACUACGACAACUCGGGCAACAUCACCUCCCUCUCAGACACCUUCAACAACUUCCACGACUACGAAAUCAGGUGGACCCCCGACACCAUCCAGUGGCUCGUCGAUGGCAAGGUCGGCCGCACCGUCAACCGCAAGGACCACUGGAACGCCACCUCCAACCAGUGGUCCUUCCCCCAGACUCCCUCCCGUGUCCAAAUCUCCAUCUGGCCCGGAGGUCUCGCCAGCAACGCCCCCGGAACCAUUGCUUGGGCCGGUGGUGAGAUUGACUGGAACGCCCAAGAUAUCCAAAAGGCCGGCUACUUCUACGCCACCUUUGAGUCCGUCACCGUCGACUGCUACAACGCCACCUCGGGGCUUGGAUCCAGCUCCGGAACCAGCUACACCUACAGCAACAUUGCCGGCACCAACAACACCGUCAUCGACGGCAACAAGCGCACCAACCUGGCUUCUCUGGAGGGCACCGGUACCGACAUGGACGCCGGCAAGCCUGACACCUCCUCGGCUGCCUCGUCUGCCAAGGGUUCCGCCACCAAGUCCAGCAGCACCCCCAAGAACACCCAGGCCCAGAUCCCAGGUGGAAGUAACGGUUCCUCUGGCACGGUUCCCGGUGGUGACAAUGGAUCCAGCGGCAGCGACAGUGGUAGCAACAGCGGAAGCAACAGCGGCAGCGGUUCCGGCAGCGGUUCCGGCAGCGGCUCUGAUUCCGGCAGCGGUUCUGGCGGCUCUACCCCUGCUGACACUUCCAGCUGCUCGUCCUCCAGCUUUAACCAAGACUGCAGUGACAGCAGCAGCAAUACCAAGAGCGGCAAGAAUGCUGGUUCUCAAACUGGCGUGAGCUCCCUGGCCAUGGUCCUGGCCGGUGCUGCGCUGUUUUUGUUCUAAGUUGGGAAAUACGGUACUAAUUUAAAGCAGUCUGAAUGGCUCUGGAUUGUUUGUUGCAAUUUUCUUUUUCUUUUUGCAGGGUUCAUAAUUUUUAUUUUUCCAAGAUACACACCUCAUUCGUUGGUGCUUUUUGACGUAUUUUAUGCAUGGUUUCGAACAUGUGCGAAUGAUAAUGAGAACGAGGAGGAUGAGAGGGUUAUGAGCGGGCGGCAGGCCUUUAAUAUGGGGUGAGAGGCUAUGUUGUAUUUAGGAGAAUACCGUUGUAUUUACGGGACUGUCUGAGCCUAUUUUAUGAAUGUGCUUGUGCUUGAUUGGUGAGGAUGUGCGGUCUUGUCACUGCUUGUCAGCACGAAGUCGCAGAAUGUCGAUGUGAGAGUGGCUGUUCUAAGAUGCUUACCAUGACGCUAUAAACGUGUAUAUGACGGCUGCCAUGUUUUAU